GGGAAGCUGUGCCAGAGGCUGGGCGGCCGCUGCCACAUCCUCCUCCUCCUCCUUCCUCCUCCUCCUGCUGCUCCUGCUGCUCCGGCCGGGCCAGGGCCAAGUGGUUGAGCGCCGAGCGGAGACAUCGAAGCCAUGGCGCAUCAGACGGGCAUCCACGCCACUGAGGAGUUGAAGGAAUUCUUUGCCAAGGCCCGGGCUGGCUCCAUUCGACUCAUUAAAGUGAUCAUUGAAGACGAGCAGCUUGUGCUGGGGGCCUCUCAGGAGCCGGUGGGUGGCUGGGACCAGGACUACGACAGAAGUGUGCUGCCACUGCUAGAUGCCCAGCAUCCCUGCUACCUGCUCUUCCGUCUGGACUCCCAGAAUGCACAGGGCUUCGAGUGGCUCUUUCUCGCCUGGUCGCCUGACAAUUCUCCUGUACGGCUGAAGAUGCUGUAUGCAGCCACGCGGGCCACAGUGAAGAAGGAGUUUGGGGGUGGUCACAUCAAAGAUGAACUGUUUGGAACGGUGAAGGAUGACCUCUCCUUUGCUGGGUACCAGAAGCAUCUGUCAUCCUGUGCAGCACCAGCUCCGCUCACGUCAGCCGAGCGGGAACUGCAGCAGAUUCGCAUCAAUGAGGUGAAGACAGAGAUCAGCGUGGAAAGUAAGCGUCAGACCCUUCAGGGCCUUGCCUUCCCCCUGCAGCCCGAGGCCCAGCGGGCACUACAGCAACUCAAGCAGAAGACGGUCAACUAUAUCCAGCUGAAGCUGGACCUGGAGCAGGAAACCAUCGAGUUGGUGCACACCCAGCCCACAGAUGUGACCCAGCUGCCGUCCCGGGUGCCCCGAGACACAGCUCGCUACCACUUCUUCCUCUACAAGCAUACCCACGAGGGGGACUUUCUCGAGUCUGUGGUGUUCAUCUACUCCAUGCCCGGGUAUAAGUGCAGUAUCAAAGAGCGCAUGCUCUAUUCGAGCUGCAAGAGCCGCCUCCUAGACUCCGUAGAGCAGGACUUCCAGCUGGAGAUCUCCAAGAAGGAUUCCUGCUAUGGGGUCCAGUUCCCUUUGUCUCUCCUAGUACAGGCUGCAGUGCUGGCACAGGCCCUGGCUUUGGGGUCCCUGCCCGCCUUCAUCCCCUGUGAAUUCCAGCCCCAGGAAGGCCUGGUGAACUGCAACUGGCUUGUCUUGAGGUCUGUCCCCCACUUCCCUGCCACAGCCCCCCGCGGCAAUGUCACCAGCCUGUCCCUGCUCUCCAAUCGAAUCCACCACCUGCACGACUCCGAUUUCCUCCACUUUCCCAGCCUGCGCCGGCUGAACCUCAAAUGGAAUUGUCCCCCCCGGGGCCUGAGCCCCAUGCGCUUUUCCUGUCAUAUGACCAUCGAACCCCACACCUUCCUGGCAGUGCCCACCCUGGAGGAUCUCAACCUGAGCUACAAUGGCAUCACCACCAUACCCGCUUUGCCCAAAUCCCUGGUGAACCUGACCCUGAGUCAUACCAACAUCUUGGUGCUGGAUUCAUCCAGCCUGCCUGACCUACCAGCCCUGCGCGCCCUCUUCAUGGAUGGUAACUGCUAUUAUAAGAACCCUUGUAGUGGGUCACUCGAUGUGGCUCCUGGAGUCUUCUUGCGCAUGAGCAAUCUCACUCAGCUGUCACUCAAAUACAACAACCUCACCCAGGUACCCCGACUCCUGCCCCCCAGCCUGCAAUCUCUCCUGUUGUCUUACAACCGCAUUGUCCAGCUGGGACCCCAAGAUCUGGCCGGUCUGACUGCCUUGCGCGUCCUGGAUGUGGGGGGCAAUUGUCGCCGUUGUGAUCACGCCCGGAAUCCUUGCAUUGAAUGUCCCCAUGGAUCUCUCUGGUUGCACAAUGACACCUUUAGCCACCUGAGUCACCUCGAAGGCCUGGUGUUGAAGGACAGCUCUCUCCACAAGUUGAACCCCCAAUGGUUCCAAGGGCUCCCUCACCUCUCCGUGUUGGAUCUGAGUGAGAAUUUUCUCUAUGAAUCCAUCAAUAAGACGACGGCCUUCCGAGGCCUAACGAAACUGCGGAAACUCAACCUAUCCUUUAAUUACCGCAAGAGGGUAUCCUUUGCUCAAUUAUGGCUGGCUCCUUCCUUUGGGAGCCUAACAUCGCUGCGGGAACUGCACAUGAAUGGCAUCUUCUUCCGAUCGCUCAACGAACACACCCUAAAGCCUCUGGCCCAGCUCCCUGACCUCCACACUCUGAGUCUACAGAUGAAUUUCAUCAAACAUGCCCAGCUCAGCGUUUUCCAGCCCUUCCGACACCUGCGCUUGGUGGACCUGUCAGACAACCGGAUUAGUAGCACGAACAAGAUGGUAGGCACCACUGGAGAGAUCGAGGCUGGAGAGCCAUUCCAGCUGGGGUCUGAGAACUUCCUUCCAACCCCGCUGGACACCCCCAAACCUAAAACCUUUAUAUCCAGCUGCCAGAAGUCGAGAUUCACCUUGGAUCUCUCUCGGAACUAUCUGGUGACAAUCCAAGCCGAAAUGUUUACCCACCUCUCAUAUCUCCAGUGCCUGAGCCUGAGUCACAAUUCCAUAGCCCAGACGGUCAACGGCUCCCAGUUCACCCCUCUGGUCAAUCUAAGAGUUCUCGAUCUGAGCCAUAACAAGCUGGAUUUGUAUUAUAGCCAAUCGUUCAAGGAGUUACCCCGAUUGGAGGCCCUGGACCUCAGCUUUAACAACCAGGCUUUUGGUAUGCAAGGCAUAGGCCAUAAUCUUAGCUUCGUGGCCUUCCUACCCCAUCUUCGCAUCCUCAGCCUGGCAUACAACGACAUUAACAGCCGUGUAUCACCGCAGCUCCGCAGCACCUCGCUCCACACCCUGGAUUUCCGUGGCAAUGUCGUGAGCCGUAUGUGGGCCGAAGGAGAUCUGUACCUCCGAUUCUUCCAAGGCCUCAAAGUCCUACAACAGCUAGAUCUGUCUAAGAACCAGCUACACACCCUCCUGCCCCGUACCUUGGACCAUCUCCCCAAAAGCCUUAAGGUGCUACGUCUUCGGGAUAAUUUCUUGGCGUUUUUCAACUGGACCGGCCUGGAUUGUUUGCCCAAUCUGGAAGUUCUAGAUCUAGCAGGGAACAAGCUGAAGGCUUUGUCAAAUGACACGCACCUGAAUAGCAGCCGCCUGCAGGUAUUAGACCUCAGCAACAACUUAAUCACGUCUGUGGCCCCCGGCUUCUUCGUCCUGGCUGUACAACUUCAGAAGCUCAAUCUCAGUCACAAUUACCUCAAGACGGUGGAGGCUUCCUGGUUCGGAUCUUUGGCGAAAAACCUCCAAACCCUUGAUGUACGCACCAACCCUUUGCACUGUGCGUGCGGGGCCUGCUUUGUGGAGUUCUUACUGGAGAUCCAACACGCUGUCCCAGGUCUGCCCAGUCAGGUAAAAUGUGGCAGCCCCAACCAACUACAAGGUCUUAGCAUCUUCGCGCAGGACCUGCGUCUCUGCCUGGAUGAGACCGUCUCUUGGAAUUGUUUUGGCCUCUCCCUGCUGGCUGUGACUCUGGGCAUCACAGUCCCCAUCCUCCAGCAUGUGUACGGAUGGGAUCUCUGGUAUUGUUUUUACCUCUGCCAGGCCUGGUUUCCCUGGAAGAGGCGAUCUGGCGCUCACGCCUUGCCCUACGAUGCAUUCGUGGUGUUUGACAAGGCCCAGCCCGCCGUGGCCGACUGGGUGUACAAUGAACUACGGGUCCAGCUAGAGGAGCGGCGUGGACGGCGGGCCCUACGCUUGUGCCUGGAAGAACGGGACUGGCUCCCCGGCAAAACUCUCUUUGAGAACCUCUGGGCCUCCAUCUAUGGCAGCCGCAAGACCCUCUUUGUGUUGGCCCACACCGAUCGGGUCAGUGGCCUCCUGCGUACCGGCUUCCUGUUGGUCCAGCAGCGCCUGCUGGAGGACCGCAAGGACGUCGUGGUCUUGGUCAUCCUGCGUCCCGAUGUCCACCGCUCCCGUUACGUGCGGUUGCGUCAGCAUCUGUGUCGUAAGAGCGUCCUCUUCUGGCCCCACCAGCCCAGUGGCCAGGGCAGCUUCUGGGCCCAACUGGCCACAGCGCUGACCAGGGACAACCACCAUUUCUAUAACAGGAAUUUCUGCCAGGGACCCACGGCGGAAUAGUUCAAGGCAGGUGAUGAUCAAGGGACAGUCACACUUCCAUGCUGAGACACCUGUAAUCUCCAACUUAUCUUGGCCAACUACUGCUUUCCCUUCCCACCCCUGCUCAUGCUGAGUAUACUGCAGGUGCUUAAUAAAUGCUCCCAGACUGCUA